UUCGUCAGUCGAUUGCGACGAUGCGUCACAAAAAUCGGCUGUGCUGUGUGCUGUUCGUUUUAGCAGUAGUAAUUAUUUUCUGUCCCAGAAAAGAUGUGUCAGAUGUGCAAAGUAGUUGGUGGGAAACGGCGGUCGUGUAUCAAAUCUAUCCUCGAUCUUUUUACGACGCGGAUGGCGAUGGAGUUGGUGACCUACGAGGAGUGAUUCGAAAACUUCAUUAUCUAAGGGAACUCGGAGUCGAUGCUAUUUGGUUGAACCCGGUAUUCAAAUCGCCACAGGUGGACUUCGGAUAUGACGUUAGUGACUACUACCGGGUGGAUCCGUUGUUCGGAAGUAACGAUGAUUUGGUGACGCUUUUCGUAGAAGCCGGAAAAGUGGGCAUCAGAGUCAUUUUGGAUUUCGUUCCCAACCACACCAGCGCUCAGCAUGAGUGGUUCGUGAAAUCGGAGAAAAGGGUUGAACCGUUUACGGAUUUUUACGUAUGGCACGCUGGAAAAGCGAACCCGAAUGGAGGUCGUCCUUUGCCUCCCAACAAUUGGCAAUCAUCCUUCUACGGAUCAGCUUGGGAGUGGAGCGACCGCAGGAAAGAGUAUUAUCUUCAUCAAUAUGCGGCUGGUCAGCCGGAUUUGAACUACCGCCAUCCGAAAGUAGUUGAAGCUUUCGAUGAGCUUUUGCGUUUUUGGAUGCGUAAAGGAGCUUCUGGAUUUCGCGUUGAUGCAGUCAAUCGAAUGUUUGAAGACCAAUACUUUCGCAAUGAACCGGUCAACGAUCCGCGUGACCCGUUGAGCUACCGGUAUACACAUCAUAUUUACACCCGGGACCAGCCGGAAACCUACGAAGUGAUUGCUCGGUGGCGCAACGUUUUGGAUGAAUAUGUGAAGAACAACGGCAGAGAAGAAGUAAUUAUGUUUACGGAAGCAUACUCCAAUCUGACCUCAACCAUGAAAUAUUACCAAUCACGCGAUGGCACACAGCAGAGAGCUCAAUUACCGAUAAACUUUUCGCUAACGCAAAAGUUGAACCAGAACUCAACGGCGUAUGACAUCAAACGUCUAAUUGAUGAAUGGAUGGCUAAGAUGCCAGCAGGAAAGGUAGCAAACUGGGUGCUUGGAAAUCACGAUAAACCUCGGAUAGCGAGUCGAUUUGGAUGGGAGCGAGUUGAAUCAAUGGCCGCACUUACGCUUGGAUUACCUGGUGUAGCGUUUAUUUACUAUGGUGAUGAAAUUGGAAUGGGAGACUACCGAGAUAUCAGCUACGAAGAUACGGUAGACCCAAAGGGUCGCAAUGUUGGUCCAGAGAAAUACAAACAAAUAUCUCGCGAUCCCGCAAGAACGCCGUUUCAAUGGGAUGAUAGCAAAAAUGGAGGAUUUUCGCCAGCUUCCAAAACAUGGUUGCCGGUACAUCCCAACUACAGGGAAAUUAACUUACACAAUCAGAUGACUUCGGAUGACAGCACUUUCAAAUUCUACUUAAACUUUUUGCAUCUUCGGAAAGAUAAAAUUUUCAAAAAGGGGAAGCUUAUAUCAAAAGCUUUCAAUGAGAAUGUGUUUGUAUAUGUUCGAUAUAUUCCACGGCUUGAAGGUAGCGCGACUGCAUUGUACCGUGCUGUCCUGAUCAAUUUAUCGGCAGAUCCUUUCAACGUUGAUUUAGGAAAGCUACUCCAAACAGAAAACUAUGCAGAUGUAAAAUUAGCUGGGAAAAACUCCAAGUUUACCAUUGGUGACACGGUCGAUCCAAGACAUAUUGCUAUAGGGCCCUACGAAGCAAUGGUUGUUGGAAACUAGUCAGACGUAAUCGAUUCGCGUGCUUUAGGAUUAAAUUGGUACUUGAAAUAAGUCAAUCAGUCAGGUGAACCAGUAGGAUGUAUAUCACUCACCUAUAACGCAACCUACCUCUAUUCGAUUACCAACACCAGCAUAUACGUUAGUUGUAUUCAAUUCCAAUGACUAAUAUGUUACUCAAAUUCGAAUUUGUACACCGCUAUGCGUUUACGAUACAUUUUAAUUUUGUGGAAAGAUUUCACUAGAUAGCUUAGGGAAGAUGUAAUCAUCAGUUUUGUACUACAAAUAAUUGUAAAGAUAGUCAAAUAUGUACUCCAACUCAUAUUCGCGUGACACACACGUUUUUUUUUGAAAAAUAAUCGAU